AAUUGUGACUGUGAGGUCAACAUGGAACUUUCACUGCGUGACAUCAUCACGGUGGAGCCCGUCAUCGGCCUGUACAUGAUGGCCCUCAACCUGCAGACGCCGGUACUGCAGCAGGUGGUCUGGGUUAAGUCCUGUCUCAGCAUGUUUAACCAGACCUUCUGCGGCGGGCUCGAGAAAAGCGACGACGUAGAAAUACAGAACGCCGUCCAGAGCCAGGCUUCGAUCUGGAUCCUCGCCAACAUGAUCUCUCUCACCCUUCCUUCGAUCAUCAUCACCGUUUUCGUUGGCCCGUGGAGCGAUCGGGUCGGCCGGAAAGUUGCGAUGAUCCUACCCAUGCUGGGAGGCUGCCUCAUGAGUGUUAACCUCAUCUUCCAGUCUUGGUGGAUCCAACUUCCCUGGUAUCUGCUUCUCAUUGGACCCUUUAUAAGCGGCUUCUGCGGCGGCUUUGCGACAAUCUUGCUGUCCGUCUUCAGCUAUCUCGCUGACGUCACGUCCGAAGAGGUACGGACCAAGAGAAUGGGGAUAGUCGACGCUGUGAACACGCUAGGUUGUACUGUCGGCUUGCUGCUGGGCGGCGUCAUGGCCGAUAACGUCGGUUACGUCCCAGUCUUUAUCACGUGCUCGGUGCUGCAGCUUGUAGCGAUUCUCUACAUCAUCUUUUGGCUGAAGAACCCCACCCCAGUCAGACAGAGGACGACCUCUCUGUUAAAUGUUGACCCGACAGAGCAAAAGGGCGCAUGUCUGCAGUUCUUCAGUCUGAGUAAUAUCAAGAAGGUGGUUCAGAUAUGCACGAAGAAGAGGCCCAAUAACCGCAGACUGCACGUGAACCUGACCUACCUGUGCCUUUUCCUCUCCGCACUCAUCCAAGCUGGUGUUGCAGAAGUCGGUCUCCUGUUCGUGAAGGCAGAGCCGCUGAAGUGGUCGGAGAGUCUGUACGGGUACUGGCAGGCGGCGCAGAACGUCAUCCCUUCUGUCACGCUGCUCGUUGUCAUGCCGUUCCUCGCGAAGCGUCUCCCAGACACCGCCCUCGUCAUCAUCGGGGCCGUCUCGUUUGUGGCCAAGUUCGAAGUCAUGGCGUUUUCCAGCACCACGUGGCUGAUGUUCUGUGCCGCUGUGGCAGGUGCGUUCCAGUACCUGACUUUAGGCGCUCUCCACGGGAUGAUAUCCAAGCUGGUUGAUAGCAAUGAACAAGGUGCGACGUUCUCCCUGAUGGGAGUGUUGGAGUGCGGCUCUGCUCUGUUCUCCAGCCUCAUCUUUAACUCUCUGUACGCCGUCACACUGACGUUCUUCCACGGAACGUGUUUCCUCCUCAUGGCCACCAUGGGCUUCUUUAUCAUAGUCAUAAAUGUGUGUCAGGAGUGGGACCAGAAGCCUCAGUGGGUCUCCCCUUCACUUCAGGACUCAGAUGACUUUGACAACAGAAAGACGGCCCUAAUAACCUAAUUUCACCAUACAUAACACCAUUCUCAAUGAGAUGUUUCCAAUCCUGACCUCAAGCUGUUUUCACAGAGCAUGCAUUGAUGACUCACAGUCAUGAAAUUCUUGAACUUGUAUUCUCAUAUCCAUUUUCACUGAUGAAGGGUGUUGGAACAACACCUGAAACGUUUGGUUAUUAAACUUUUAUCCAGUUUCAAAAGUCUAAAAUACUAUCUUACUGAUACUACCCUGGAUGACUUAUCUUCACAAAUGUCUCAUGUCAACAGUUUUUCGAUAUGUUAUAUUCCCAUCUCAGAAGAGAGAUAUCAAUAGUUUAAGUAAAAAUAAGGUGUAUAUUUAUUUCAGAAUGCUUAGCAAAUUUUCGAUAAUACUUUGUGCCUCAGUGACUCGCUGUAUGUGUGAGGUUAUCUUCUUGGCAUGAUA